CCGGAAGUGCACGGCGGUGGAAAAACUACAUUUCCCAUGAGGCAUUGCGCAAUCGGGUGCACGUCGGAAAAGGGGUAAGAGAAGCUGAGAUUGGAGGAGCGUCAAAAAGUAUAUAUUUAGACUCUGGUGUUCCCGAAGUUGCCGUUCCUCCUGUGGUAUCAGUCCUCGCCCCGAUGGCACACCGAAGAUCCGUCUCACUCAUUACCAGCAGUCCGGGCCUACAAGAACUUCUGCUCAUCCAAGACAAGGCCGAGUGAGGAACGCUGCUCUGUGAUCAGAGAACUGCACCACUGCGGGACUGAUCUGAGACCUGCGUCUGUCCUCUAACCACCUUCUCACCACACCAGCAUGAGCUCUCCGUGAAGACUGCAGCAUUAUCUCACCACACCUGCAGGAUGAGAGAGGAGUCGAGAUGCAUCAGGAUGAUGAUGAGGGGACAGUAAGGUCAGGACUCCGGACGCCAUGGAAGUCGACGUCGCGGUCGCGUUUCACAUUGAGAGCUCGAACGGUUUCACACCAGAAUGGAAGGAGAUGGAAGAUCUGAUCGUGGUGCACUCCACACACACACUGGUGUGUAAUGGCAUCACAGAGAACGACAUCGAGGACGGCUCGUAUCUCAAACCCGUCUCGAUUUCAGCGCUGAAGCAGAAUGGCCUCCUACAGUCCCUGGCUGCAGGUGGAGAUCAGACGGAAGCAGAUGAGGUAGACUUGGAGCUUGAGCGUGCGCAACAGGAAUGGGACGCCCUCGAGAGCAUCCAGCCAGUUCCUGCGGAAGAGCUCGCUCCGUCUCCUCUGAUCUCUUUCAAUGAGGCGCUGCAGCACUUUCAGACCACAGACCUGGCCAACCUGCUGAGGAACAUACAGCCGACAGUCCGCAGAACAGGAUUGGCCGUCGUCACACACUUCCUGUUUGGUCCUCCACGUCUGCACCGGGAGCUGACGGAGGAGAGAGACCUGGUGUUUGCCAUCGCACAGUGCCCACUGGACAACACACAGCCGGUGCACAUGCGUGUUCUGCAGACAAUCUACCGCAAACUGACAUGUACGAAAGCAGACUGCCCUCGAUACGGGCCGCACUGGGAGAACAUCGGUUUCCAGGGUACAGAUCCUUCUACAGAUUUGAGAGGAACAGGAUUUCUGGCUCUGAUGCACACACUUUAUCUGGUCAUGGACCCUGAGACACUUCCACUUGCCAGAGACAUCUACAAACUCUCUCAACAUCCAGUACAGAACUUUCCGUUCAGCGUGAUGUCCAUUAACCUGACCCGCAUCGUCCUGCAUGCGCUCAGGGAGGAGGUCCUGACCAAGGAGUGUAACCGGCGGCAGCAGGUGGUGAGCGUGCUGAACGAGGUCUACGUGGCGACGUUUCUACACCUGUACGAGGUGUGGAGGAGUCAGAGGAAGACGAUCUCCGACUCAGGACACGUCCUCAAAGAUGUGGAGCUCUACGUUAAGAAGAACCCGAAGCAGCUUCUUAAACACCUGCACUGUUACCUGCAGGAGAGGUGCUCUGGGAUUGGCCACCGCACGUCACCUGACCUGCUGUCGCACGGCAACCGUUCCCUCGGCGACGGGGCGUCUUAUAGCCAAAGCCACGGAGACAAGGAGGGAAAGAUAAACUUCACUGGAGUGUGUGAACUUCCACCUGAGAUGGAGGGAGAGGCCAGACUCAUCUGAGAGAGAGAGAGAGAGAGAGAGAGAGAGAGAGAAAGAGAGAGAGAGGGAGAGAAGACAGAUAGAAUAAACCAGACAGAAAGACAGAGAAAGAGAGACAGGAUGGACAGGAUGGAAGAUAAAGUGAGUCAAAAAGACUGAGCAGAAGAGAAAGAGACUCUGGGAUGUGAUUCAUUUGAUCUGAGGCUGUAUCCCUCACUCCAUCUCUUCAUUUUAUAACAUCCUGCUAGAGAGAGAGAGAACAGGAGAGAGACUGAGACAGGAGGAAAACAAGAGAGAGACAGGAGAAAGACAGGAAAGAGAUCAGAGGAAGAGAGAGACAGAGGGAGACAAGAGAGAGACAGAGGGAGACAAAAGAGAGACAGAGGGAGACAAGAGAGAGACAGGAGGUGACAAAAGAGAGACAGAGAGAGACAGAAGGAGACAGUUUAUACACACUAUUAAUUAGGGGAGGAGCCUGAAUGAACGUGUGAAGUGACUUUACCAGACUGUAGAGAAUGUACAAUUUGCACAAUCCUUAUAUUUUAGCUUUUAUUUUCACCACACAC